AUGGCUACUCAACAAUACACUGGUUCUCGAACGAAAAAUAAGAGACGACAUUUAGACACAGACACAAUUUCAUCCUCUGAUGAUGAGUGUACGUCACAACUUAAUGUUGACUCCUGGCCCCGCUUUCUGGUGGUCGAUGGUGUUGAUGGAGCUCCUCUUAAGAUCAACCCUUUCAUUGUGUCGAAAGCUCUUGAAGGAAUUUGUGGAGAUGUAAAGAACGUGACUCGCCUCCGGAACGGGUCAUUGCUUGUUGAAUGUUCUAAACGUCAACAGUCCAUAAAUCUGCUUAAUGCACACCAUUUCGGAAAUGUAGAAAUUGCUGUCUCUAUUCACAAAUAUUUGAAUUCAUGUAGAGGUAUCAUCCGUGAUCGUGCCAGAUGUCUUUCUGACAUGUCAGAAGAGGAAAUUACGGUUGAACUUAAAUCUCAAGGAGUCACGUCUGUGAAAAGAUUCACAAGGAAAGAUAAUGACAGGAUUGUACCAACAACCACUUAUCUUCUCACUUUUGCCUGUCCAAAAGUACCUACUUCAAUUAAAGCCGGUUAUUUCAACAUCGGAGUGGAUGUGUAUAUUCCAAAUCCGCUCCGUUGUUUCAAGUGCCAGAAAUUUGGCCAUGGGGCCAAAUCCUGUGACAAGUCCCCCGUUUGCUCCCGAUGCAGUAAAAGUCAUGAUAGUGCUGAUUGCACAGAUGUUAUCCAUUGUGCAAACUGCAGUGGUGAGCACUUAUCUUCUUCCAAAUCCUGUCCAUUCUAUCUGAAACAAUCUCAGCUUCUCAAAAUUAAAUACACUAAUAACGUUUCCUUUUCCGACGCUAUGAAACUCUUGGCUCAACAAACUCCGAACACACCUUCCUCCUUGUCGUAUUCUGCUGCAGUUGCUACUUCCACUCGCAAAGUUGACUGUGCAUGUCAGACAGACAUCAGCUGGGUCUCUGACAAGCAGUCAGUCUUACCUCCAGUUCCUCGAUACAGCAAUGACUCUUCUUCGUCUGCAUCUCAGACUGAGCUUCAGUCUGAGUCUGUGCCUGUGUCUGAGGCUGUACCUGUACCUUUGGCAGUACCUGUGACUGUUCCUAAACCUGAGACAGUGAGAGAAGUACCUAACACUAAACAUCUCACGAACAAGGAAAAGAAACAAUUGAAAAAGAAAGAAUUAAGGGCCCUCAAACAAGUAGAGGUGCCAUCUCCUUUGAUCAUCCCUGUAGAGGUUCAUAACACUUUUGAACCUCUAGCUAUGGAGGUCACUCCUUCGCUGGCAUUACAGCGUAGAGGACCUUCCCCCAGAUCACGAUCUCCAAUUGAACCCCCAUGA